AUGGAGGUGAAAACAGCAUCCAGAUUAGAGGAUGAUCGGCUUCCACCCACCAUUAGGCUGAUAAGAGAAGCCUCUAACGUCCUGGGAGACCACACCUCCCGGCCAGCCCGAAUUCUCUUCCACGCCCAUUUUCUUCACCCAAGAAGAAGAAGAAGAAGGAGAAGGAGAAGGAGAAGGAGAAGGAGAAAGAAGAAGAAGAAGAAGAAGAAGAAGAAGAAGAAGAAGAAGAAGAAGAAGAAGGAGAAGAAGAAGAAGAAGAAGAAGAAGAAGAAGAAGAAGAAGAAGAAGAAGAAGAAGAAGAAGAAGAAGAAGAAGAAGAAGAAGAAGAAGAAGAAGGAGAAGAAGAAUGCCUGCAUCAUAGGGCUUUGGAGAGAUGAAAUGAGUUUUAACAAAUACAGACGGUGCUGGGACGACUAUCGUGAUGAAGAAAGAGCAACAUCGUUCGCAGCUCAUCCGACUUCCUGGGUCCAAGAUGACCGCCUGAUUCACUGCGGAACCUGGGGCAGGUCCUCCCCUCCCCGAACCUCAGUUUCACCAUCUGUAAAAUAGGAAUCAUCAAGUCUCUCCCACAGGGAUGAUGUG